GCAAGAACAAUCGUUCAAGAGAUUCUGAGCAGUUCGUAACAUGCCGUGAUGCCCAAGACGUUCGUCCUACGGUACUCGCUAGUUCCCAGUAUCAACAUGUAUACAAUCGUCCACGCAUGAGCCCCACAAAACGAAGUUGCAGACCAGGCUCCUCCACAGCUGUUCUUCGGGGGGUGCCACAUCUGCCACCACACCUCAGCCACAUUUGCGUACUCCGACUCAUUUAAAACUCCGCCACGUAUACCUACGUGAUAGCAUCAUGAUCGGGCACAAAGUCGCACCCUUAGUAUUAAGGCUCCCCAAACUCCUGAAGAAAGGCUAUGGAAGAGCCUGCUUGGGAGACCAUCGAUGGCGGUGACUUCGUGUGCCAUAUCUCGGUACCGAGAACGGUCAAUAAAAAUCUGCCCUUGUCAGUCCUCGACGCCUCCGUCGUUCGCUUCAGCCCAACCGGCGCCUGCUGGUUCCUUGACGCACCAUCCAGCGAACAAGGACGGAAGGCACUCUCGCCAGACCAUCUUCGAGCCUCUUUACAAUGCACGCUCACCUCUUACGUCCAAUGGACCGGCCAGCUAAAGUGGGCGCCGUACGAUCCAGAGGGCGAUCACACUCAGCGUGUGGGUCGCCUGAUAUUGACUUAUGGGUCCCCCGCCGAUCCCGCAUCCAUCGUUCCAAGCCCGGCUUCACGGGCAGCUGGCAGCAGACAUUUGGACGUACAGCAAACCCCGAUGGAAGAAUUGUUCCCACCAACGAACCUUCCCUUACACGAUUUACGCGAGUAUGAAGGCCUGCCGAACAUGAUCGUACAGAUCACAGAGUUUGCCUGUGGCGGUCGCAUCCUCUCGCCGACCUUACUGCACUUUGUGCAUGAUUGGGCUAGAACGAGCAGCGCCAUGCAGAGAGACGCAGAUCUCCCCGUCCUAUCUCCCGUGUUCGACCUACAAAGGCUGGACAGGGCAGCAGCAGGCGACAUCGACACAGCCCAUUCAGACCCAGUCUUGGUAGAGAAAGCUCGUGCACUGCCGAUGCAUCGUUAUGAUUGGUGGGGCCCUGGGUCGAUCGGUGGAAUUACUGCGCCAGACAUUCCCCCCGCACUCGAGCCAGUGGCGGCCGUUCAGGCAGGUAUGCCCAUGCGGUGGGCGGAGUGGGACACCGAAGCACCUCUUGCGCAUCACAUCGUACACUUCUCUGGCGACGAGGUGCAUGGCAUGUAUGAGGCGGCAAGGGCUUCUUCAGGAUCAGAAGCGCAUCAGAUCAGUCGCCAUGAUGCUGUCGUCGCGCAUAUAUGGACCGUCAUCAAUCACGCUCGUGGGCUCGAGGAGGAUGGAGAAGCCGUGCACCUGAACGUAUCAUUGGGAAUCCCCAAUAGGCUCUCUCCUCCGCUCCCAAAGUCACUCUUCGGGUCGCCGCUCAUCCUAACGCGCGUAUCGGCCACAGCAGCGCUGCUGCACGACAAGACGCACGACCCUGCACUAGUGCGGAUUUGGCACGCGUUCCUCGGCGAGCGCAACGUCAUCAUCACCUCCUGGGUGCACCAGCGCGCGUACGAGGUCGACUUCGGCGCAGGCGUGCCUCCGCGGUAUGUGGCAGCUGUCAUGCCGGACGUGGACGGAUGCAUACAGAUAAUGGAUGCAGCGCUUCGUAAGGCAGUGACAAUGCGGAUGGUGUUAGGGGAUCCGUUGUUACGGAAGUACAGCGUCUCAUAG